AUGCACGGGGGUGGUUCCUCUACCACCCGCCGCGGUGAGGAUCCAUGGCCUCGCAUGGAAAAGGAAGUGGAGGCACUUGUCAACAGUCUUCUUGUGCAAAUACAGCGCUAUCGUGAAACCCCACGGCCCACCGUUAUUGCAGAGAAUGAGUUGUGCGAUGCCGUGGAUGCCGCAAACGAGGAAGUAGAAGACAUGCGGGCCGCAUUAGAUGCCGCUAUUAAUCAUCCAGAGUUAUUUCCCAUCACCGGUGAGGAACUGCAGGCACGUGCAGAGAAGACUCGGGCGUGGGAGCGUGAUGUACGGAAGGCACUCGAUCUUAAAGUAAAAAUUAUUCGUGAACGCCAACGGCGUGCGGCAGCGGCAGCGGCGGGAGGAGCUGAAAACAACAACGACGCCUCUGGACUGCGGGAGAAUAAUGACUUUCUUCAACAAGAACACGAUGUACAACGUCGGUAUAUGCAGGAAGAUGAUGUCACUGUGGAUCGACUUGCUGGCGGUGUACGGCGUGUGAAGGAGACGGCUGUGCACAUCAGUGAUGAGUUACACACACAAGACCGUGUGUUGGAUGAUAUUGAUAGCGGCAUGACUCGUGCACAGAUGCAUAUUGAGGGAGCUAUGAAGAAAGUGGGGAAACUGUUGGAUUCCGCUAGUGAUAGUAAGAAGAUUAUGUGUAUUGUCGUGCUGUUGGUUAUACUCGUCUUGCUCAUAAUGUUCGUAGUCAAGUAG